AUGGCCGCAAGUAAUGCAGCUUCUGCACCGUUACAAAAUCGCGAGCGUCACUCAAUGCCACUUGAAAAAAUAAAAUAUGUAAACCUCGAACCAUUUUCACUAGUCUGGCUCGAUUCAGAAGUCAAUAAAACUCCAGAAAAUCAUAAAUUACAGAUUCGUCUUCGUGAAAUAAUUCAUUGGUUAAAAACAUUUUCAAAUGUAAAUAAAUGUGAGGAAUAUAUUCGAGAACAAACUGAUGAAGCAAUUGUCCUCAUUGUCAAUGGUAGAUUAGGUCAGGAAUUAGUUCCAAGAAUACACGAUUUACCUCAGAUAUCAUGUAUUUAUAUAUUCUGUAUGGAUAAACAUGCAAAUAAAAUAUGGGCACAUAAUUAUAAAAAUGUAAGAGCUGUUAUUAAUCAAUCGGAUAAACUCUUAUAUAAACUAGCUAAACACCAAUUUAAACGAGAACGUGCUGAUGAACAACUAACCAUGAGUUUGUACAAUGGUGGUGAACAUUUAACACUAAAAAUUGGACAAAAUCUUACUUUCGUAUGGGUUCAGCUUUUAACAGAUGUUUUAUUGAAUGUGAAACAAAAUCGACAAUGGGGAAUUCGUGAUCUUGUCGCUGUAUGUGAGGAAUUUUAUUAUGGAAAUGAGUCAGAACUGCAUAAAGUUAAGGAAUUUAAGCAAACUUAUUCACCAGAAUCAUCAAUUUGGUGGUAUAGAAGACAUACAUUUGUACAUCGUCUCAUCAGUAAAGCUUUGAAAACUCAUAAUAUUGACCUUUUAUUUACAUGUCGUUUCCUAAUUAGCGAUAUGUUUAAAAGAUUACAACAUUUACAAAAAAAAUUUUCACAACGUGUGAUCAAGGUCUAUUGUGCUCAUGAUAUAGCCAAUGACUUUUUGAAUGAAAUGAGAACAUGUAUUGGCCGAUUUUUGUCAAUGAAUUGUUUUCUGUGUGCAACCGAUAAUCGUAAACAAGCAUUAGAUUCAAUUAUUUCAACGAAUGAACAUUCACAACCGAUCAUAUUUGAGAUUGAGGCUGAUACACGUUUUGACUCAAAACCAUUUGGCGAUAUAUCAAAAUUGGAUAAUAUGGUAGAAUCAAAUCAAGUUUUAUUUAUGCUUGGAAGUGUAUUUCGAAUUAAUAAUGUUAGUUUCGAUCAAGAUGAAAAUAUUUGGAUAGCCAAAUUGGUAUUAGUUGAUGAUAAUACUGAGGAUGAAUUGAAAGAUAUUGGUAAGUUAAUUAAAAAUGAUUCAACAAAAGAUUCAAAUAUGAUUACACUUGCCGUACUCCUAUGGGAAAUGAUGGGUCAAACAGAUAAAGCUGAAAAGUACAUUAAUCGUCUGUUAUAUGAAUUACCCAAACAUGAUAAAAAUAUUCCAUUUUGUUAUGAUACACUUGCAUUAAUAGCUAAUAAUACUAAGAAAGAUCCUGAUUUAGCUAUUAUUAACUAUAGCAAAGCGGUUGAUAUACGUUUACGAGAGCUCGAUUCAAAUCAUCCAGAUUUAGGUAGUUCAUAUGUAUCAAUAGGAGAUAUUUAUCAAAAAAAACAAGAUUAUGAUCAAGCAGCCGAAUAUUUUGCUAAAGCUCUCAAUUUAUUUGUUGAACAUUUUGGUUUAAAUCAUACGCGUGUUGCAAAUUUAUUACACAUUAUGGGUGAUUUAUUUCAUGAAAAAGGUAAUCUUGUGUUAUCUCUCCUAUUUUAUAAACGAGCAUUGGUUGUUAGUGAAGACUGUCUGGAUUCGAAUGAUCCUCGUCUUGCAGAUUUAUAUAAUAAUAUUGGUCUACUGUACAGUAAAAAUCAAGAAUUUGAAUUGGCUCUUCAAAAUUACGAGGAAGCAUUGAAGAUUUAUACUCAAACAUUGCCAUUGAAUAGUCCUGAUUUGGGUCGUCUCUACAGUAAUAUUGGAAAAGUAUACGAAUACGGUGGAAAAUAUGAAUUGGCUCUCUUAGCCUAUAAUACAUCUGCACAGAUACGACGAAAUUUAUAUCCAGCUUCAAAUCCACUGGUUAUCGAUAUUGAAGAGAAUAUUCAACGAGUGAACGGGAAAAUGCAGAAAUCCUUCUCAUCACGUUCUAAUGUUGUUAUUCAAAGAUUUAAUCGUGUAUUUGGUGAAGUAUUAGGAGAAUAUGUUGGUGAUAAUACAAUUAAUAAAUGGAAUGAAUAUGUGGAUUGUACAUUAUUUACAUGUAGAGUGCGACAACAUUAUACAGCAGAACACAUUAAUAAAUUAAAUCAACACCGUGACAUUGUGCAAAGACGUUUAAAAUCAAAUGUUACUCAAAUGAAAGCCUAUUAUGAUAAAAUCGGAUAA